ACAACAACUACAGCUCCCAAAACAACAACUACAGCUCCUAAUACAACAACAACUACAGCACCUACUACAACAACUACUGCUCCUACUAAAACAACUACUGCUCCGACUACAACAACUAAAGCUCCUACUAAAACACCUACAGCUCCUACUACAACAACAACUACUGCUCCUACUACAACAACUACUGCUCCUACUACAACAACUACAGCUCCUAAUACAACAACUACAGUUCCUAAUACAAACACUUCUGUGACAACAGGUACUGCUACUAAUACAACAACUACUGCUCCUACUAAAACAACUACUGCUUCUACUAAAACAACUACAGCUCCCAAAACAACAACUACAGCUCCUAAUACAACAACAACUACAGCACCUACUACAACAACUACUGCUCCUACUAAAACAACUACUGCUCCGACUACAACAACUAAAGCUCCUACUAAAACACCUACAGCUCCUACUACAACGACAACUACUGCUCCUAAUACAACAAUUACAGCUCCCAAUACAACAACUACAGCUCCUAAUACAACAACAACAGCUCCUACUACAACAACUACUGCUCCUACUAAAACAACAACUGCUCCGACUACAACAACUAAAGCUCCUACUAAAACACCUACAGCUCCUACUAAAACAACAACUAAAGCUCCUAAUACAACUACAGCUCCUAGAACAACAACUACAACUCCUACUACCACAACUACAGCUCAUACGACAACAACUACUGCUCCGACUAAAACAACCACUGCUCCUACUAUAACAACUACAGCUCCUACUACAACAACUACUGCUCCUACUAAAACAACUACUGCUCCUACUACAACAACUACAACUCCUGCUACAACAACUACAGCUCCUAGAACAACAACUACAGCUCCUAAUACAACAACUACUGCUCCGAAUACAACAACAACUACAGCUCCUAAAACAACUACUACAGCUCCCAAAAUAACAACAACUACAGCUCCUAAUACAACAACUACAGUUCCUAAAACAAAAACUUCUGCUACAACAGGUACUGCUACUAAUACAACAAAUACAGCUCCUACUAAAACAACACCAGAUCCUAAUUCAACAACAAUAGCUCCUACUACAACAACUACUGCUCCUACUAAAACAACUACUGCUCCGACUACAACAUCUAAAGCUCCUACUAAAACACCUACAGCUCCUACUACAACAACAACUACUGCUCCUAAUACAACAACUACAACUCCUACUACAACAACUACAGCUCCUACUACAACAACUACAGCUCCUCGACCAACAACUACAGCUCCUACUACAACAACUACAGCUCCUACAACUACAGCUCCUACUACAACAACUACUGCUCCUACUACAACAACUACAGCUCCUACUACAACAACUACAGCUCCUAAUAAAACAACUACAGCUCCUAAUAAAACAACCACAGCUCCUAAUAAAACAACCACAGAUCCUAAAACAACAACUACACCUCCUAAUACAACAACUUCAGUUCUAAAAACAAAAACUUCUGCUACAACAAUUACUGCUACUACUACAACAACUACUGCUCCUACAUAAACAACUACAUCAACCUAAUACAACAACAACUACAGCUCCUAAUACAACACCAACUACAGCUCCUAAUACAACAACAACUACAGCCCCGAAUACAACAACUACAGCUCCAAAUUCAACAACUACUGCUCCGAAUACAACAAGAACUACAGUUCCUAAAACAAAAACUUCUGCUACAACAGGUACUGCUACUAAUACAACAACUACAGCUCCUACUAUAACAAGUACAUCUUCUACUACAACAACUACUGCUCCUAAUACAACAACAACUACAGCACCUACUACAAAAACUACUGCUCCUACUACAACAACUAC